AUGUUUCUGAAAGCACUGCUGACCGCGAUGUUGCUGCUGCUGACGCUGAUCCUGCUACAGUGCGAUGGGCGUGCGCUGAAGCGUGACAAAUCCAUGCCAGAGGACGAUGGUUACAGCUUUCUGUCGAAGAAACCAUCCGCGGAGAAUGCCUGCGAGCAGUUACCACCGCCGGUGCUGACCGAAAUACUUGGACCGGCGUUUAACCCACGCUACAUGAGCAUCGAGGAGCCACCGGUGGCGGAGAACGGCGUUGACCAAUCGAAUCCGGCGGGAAAGCGGGAUGCGGAACCGUUUCCACCGUUCUACGUGGACGAUAAGUACUCGCUCGAGCUCAGCCACAAACCGGCCUGGGAGGUGAAACACGUUUCCGAAUCAAUUCCGCACGGUGAACUGGUCGGUCAGGUUCGAACGCGACGUGACCUGUUCAACGACAUCCUGGACAAGCUCGAACCGGCGACAACAUCUGCAGCGUCGACAGAAGACACUACACAGCAGCGUACGGCACGAUCAUUCGGUGGUAAGGGCCGCUCGCGAACGACCGGUUCGGGCGGUACACCACGGCCAUGGGAGUGUGAAGCGAAGAUACGCUGGAUCGAUCUGGGUCCGGAGUAUUUUCCGCGCUUCCUGCGGACGGUAGAGUGUACGAGGCAAAACUGCUGGUACGGGCACUACUCCUGCCAGCCACGCUCGUUCACGGUAAAGAUCCUGCGACGGCGAACCGGCGAGUGCGUGCAGAGCGACCGGUUACGGCGCAUCGGUGUUGACGGAUUGCCGGGCGAGCUGCGCGAGCUAUGGGUAUGGGAGGAACGGGCCGUUAACUUCUGCUGUGACUGUGCGCCCGCUUUCUGA